GACGGCGCGUUCCUUCGACACCUACGUAUAUAUAUAAACCCCUGUCACCCACCUGGAUGUCGUCCCAUCUGAUCAACAUCAUCGAACCCCCUGACUAACAUGUAUCCCUACUAUUCCCACCAGUACUUCCGUGGUCCAUCCCGCAUCCUCUGGUUCAUGCUCGGCGCAGGGGCUGCUACUUUCUGGAAUUGCGGUCGUCAAAUGCGCGAAAAUCGAGCACACUACUUUCCAUGCGUCAUGCAAGCACGUCGCGUAGAAGGAAGCGGUGAACAACCUAAUACUCCCCCUGUUUCCUCCAAGAGCGACGCCCCAGCAUCCCAAGAACACAGGUGGAACUUUAUCUAUAGGAACCAGCCUGACCGUAAUGGGGAUGGAACUGCGGGUUGGAAUCAACGAGAGUGGGAAGAGGACAAGGAGCGCCUCAAGGAGAUUCAGAAGCGCACAGAGGAUGCAAUGCUUGAUAUGUCUGAAUCCACCCUAGAGUCUAUCAUCUCUACUGUGGAAUCACUGAAAAACAAACUCGCCCAACACAAGAUCCAACGCGAACAACAACAGAAGAAAUACGAAGAAGAACUCGAGAGGCAAAAAAAAAAUCCUCCUCGUUUUGUUUAAAUCAAAGAACCGUGCAUCAUAUUUAUACAUCAUCGCCCCUCCCUCGUUAUCCUUUUAAUUGGAUUCUGGCAUUGUAAUAAAACCACUAUAUAAUAUCGUGCUCUCAGUUCUCGUUGACACCA